AUGAGAGAACAAAUAACAUUUAUAACGUCGCAUUCGGUCAAACUGUAUCUUGACUCUGAUAGUUGCGUACUCCUUAUUAUAGAUCAAAAAAGCACCUUAACUUACGCUGGAAAUCACCAAAUCAUAAUCUUGUCAAUUAGUAAGAAUCUUACGGAUGUUUCGGAGAAUAUCGAAGAAAUUAUUUUCAAAUUUCAAUAUGGUUGCAGAGGAUUCAUUAUCGACACUAAAAAACCCUCAGUUAUGUUCGAAUUUAUCGAGGAAAAGAUAAAACAUAGUCUUGUGAGGUUUAACACAAGAAAAUACCUGAUUGUUGUCGAAGAAAAGAUUGAAAACUACGAUGAAAUAUUCAGAAAACUCCCUAGUUCUCGUUAUGUCUCGAAUUUGCUUUUCCUCGUUCAGAAAACAGCAGAAGAGUUUCAAUUCUGGUCCCCUAGUUUCGAAGGAAGUGCGGAUGGAAUCCGGUUUGAACAGGUUGACACUUGGUUAGCCCAAAAUGGUACUUUUCUUCUCGGAAACGAUCUGUUUCCUGAUAAACUGCGAGAUCAGCAAGGGAGGUAUUUGAGGAUGGCUUGCUUCCAUUAUGCUCCUUAUACAAACUGUGGUGGGGCCAGCGAGCUAAAUGAAUAUUAUGGAACAGAAUUGAAGCUAGUGAUAGAAUUCACGAGGCUGUAUAAUUUGACCCCAAAGUUCGUCUACAAUGACAUCGAAGAGGAAUUAUGGGGUGCAUUGUACCCCAAUUGGACAGGAAGUGGACUUAUGGGUCGGGUAUUGAGAGAUGAAGCUGAUAUAGCUUUCACUGCAUUUUACAUAUGGGAAUUUGUUUAUCAUUAUAUGGACCUGUCCAUGCCUUAUAUUAGAAGUGGAAUAACUUGCUUGGUCCCAAAGCCAAAGAUUCUGAAUGGAUGGCUCACUCCACUUUUCUCUUAUAAAGCAACUUUAUGGAUCUUAGUAAUUGCUAACUUUGUAUUCAAUGUGCUCCUGUUAUUUCAUAUAGUUUCGCACCUACAGAAGGAAUACGAGUUCAACACAAACAAACGAGCAUCUUUUAUUUUGUUGGAUGCUUUUUGGAUACUACUGAAGAUUUCCCUGGGUCAAACUUUUCAUGGCAGAAAGAAUUCGUUCAUUAUCAUUGAAAGAUUAGUCCUCGCAUCUUUUUUUUUAGUUUAUUUAAUACUGAAUUCCGCCUACUUCAGUGGUUUAGCAAGCAUCAUGACUGUGCCGAGGUAUGAAGACCCUAUUGAUACAAUUUCGAGCUUAGCUGAAUCUAAUAUUGAAAUUUCUGGGUUAUUUGAAGAUUGGAUUUUAUCUAUCAAAGAAAUAAAAGAGGAUGCAUAUGGACGAAUUGUUCAAAGAUAUACAGCUGCUUCCGAAAAAGAGCUGAGAAUUCUAUCCAAGCAAAGUAAUCGUGCAUUUUUUAUGGAACGUUUGCCAUACAGCACAUAUGGAAUAAACGACUUCAUGAAGGCGGAUGUUAUUGAAAAUUAUCAUUUAAUGAAGGAAGACAUUUAUUGGGAAUACACAGAAUUUUUUCUGAGGAAGAGCUCUGAACUAGCUCCAAGUUUUGAUAUAUUUAUUCUCAGAGUAUUGCAAUCUGGGAUUACUUCACAUUGGCAAAGAAAGGCAGUUUAUCGUUUUUUGGAUCCCAAAGUACAAAAAAUAGUGACUAUGAUGGAUGAUAGCAACGUAAAUCAAGAAGGCGCGAUCAAAUUGAAAUUUUCGCAUAUUGAAGGUUCUUUUGCUCUGCUGUUCAUUGGCUAUUUUUUAUCAGUAGUAUCGCUCAUCACGGAGAGACUUAUUUAUCGCACAUGAAUAAUAU